CGCAGCUCUUGCCCGUCAAACGCGCAUACCGCUCGAAGUUUUGCAAGAGUAACAUCUGAAAAAUACUAUAUCGAUAGCGCUGUCUUGCUCACAGCCGUUCGCUGCUCAGAAAAGCGAGCAAAAGCGAGCAAAUACAAGGCUGCAGCCCUCAGGGACGCUGCACGCCGCCGACGCGUGAGCACAACAAUGGGCGGCUUAGUAUCCUCACUGGCGUUCCCGGUCCCGAAGCUCCCCCAGUCCUUCUACCACGACUUAUUGAAGAGACGAGACUUGGUGUGGCUCGAAACGAAAAAAGGCGAGCGCAUCCCGGCCAUCCACAUCCAAGCACCGUUACGACGACGGCGGAACGUGACCCUGUUAUUUAGUCAUGGCAACGCGGAAGACAUCGCUUUACAUUUACCGUUCGUGACGGCCCUGGCUCAUAGGACGGGCGCCGACGUCUUCAGUUACGAGUACGUCGGCUACGGCCCCUCGCGUUUUAAGGACUGCGUGCCGUCGGAACGCGGGUGCUACCGGGCCAUCGACGCGGCCUGGGCCUACCUCAUUGCUCAUGGUGUCGAUCCUACAACAAUUGUCAUCUACGGUCGAAGUAUUGGCACCGGCCCUUCCGUCGAUCUGGCGUCGCGCGUGGAAGCGAAAGGGUUGAUACUACAAUCACCCAUCGAUUCAGCAAUAAGGUGCGCGCUGGGCUACGGGUCCUCGCUCGCGUUGCGGCCCAUCGACAUCUUCGUGAACCACGAGAAAAUGGCAAAAGUGUCUUCUCGCGUCUUCAUCAUGCACGGCACCGACGAUGAUGUGGUGCCUUUACGGUGCGGGCGAGCUUUGCAGAAGUUGGCUCAACGUCCCGUGGACCCGGCGUGGAUUCCUGGGUAUGGGCACAACGACAUCCCGCACGACACGGUCUUUCAUCAUGUGGGUGUCUUUCUGGACGCGCUGGCCGCGGGCUGA